CCGACUACGUCACUGUCAUGGCGGCGGCGGACUGCUGGAGCUGGUUUCCAGCGUUAGCUCUGGGAGUUUCUUUGCUGAAAUGUCUGUUUAUCAACGCAUAUCACUCCACAGACUUCGAGGUGCACAGGAACUGGUUGGCCAUCACUCACAGUCUGCCGGUGUCCAGGUGGUACCACGAGAACUCGUCGGAGUGGACCCUGGACUACCCUCCGCUGUUCGCCUGGUUUGAGCUCGGUCUGUCCCAGGUGGCUCAGGUCUUUGACGGGGACAUGCUGCUGGUGGAGAACCUGAACUACGUCAGCCCGUCCGCGGUGCUCUUCCAGAGGCUGUCGGUCAUCUUCACCGACGUGGUUUUUAUCUACGCUGCCAGAGAGUGCUGCAGGUGCGUUCAGGAGCAGAAAGGCUCUCGGGACGUUUUGAGCCGCCCGUCCUUCGUCCUCGCCGUUCUGCUGCUCUGGAACUUCGGCCUCCUCAUCGUCGACCAUAUUCAUUUCCAGUACAACGGCUUCCUGUUUGGGUUCCUGCUGCUCUCGGUGGCAAAACACCUGCAGAACCGACACCUGCAGGGGGCGCUGCUGUUCUCCGUCCUGCUCAACCUGAAGCACAUCUACCUGUAUGUGGCUCCGGCCUACGGAGUCUACCUGCUGAGGAGCUACUGCUUCACUGAGGACCACCACGACGGCUCCAUCAGGUGGAGGAGCUUCAGUCCGCUCCGUCUCUUGUCUCUCGGCGGCAUCGUGUUCUCCGUCUGCGCUCUGUCCUUCGGCCCCUUCAUCGUCAUGGGUCAGCUCCCUCAGGUCCUGUCCCGUCUCUUCCCCUUUAAGCGGGGCCUCUGUCACGCCUACUGGGCCCCCAACUUCUGGGCCCUCUACAACAUGCUGGACAAAAGCCUGGCGGUGCUCGGUGUUCGUCUGAAGCUGCUGGAGGAGGCGGAGCUUCCUCGAGCCUCCAUGACAGGCGGUUUGGUUCAGGAGUUUCAGCACUCGGUCCUCCCGUCCGUCACUCCCUCCGUCACACUCGUCUGCACUCUGCUCUCCAUCCUGCCGGCGGUGGCCUCCAUCUGGUGGCGUCCUCGCGGUGCUCGGGGUUUCCUGCGCUGCCUGCUGCUCUGCGCUCUGGGUUCCUUCAUGUUCGGCUGGCACGUCCACGAGAAGGCCGUCCUCCUCGCCAUCCUGCCUCUCAGCAUCCUGGCGGUCGAGAGCAGAGAGGAUGCUGGGAUCUACCUGGUUCUGACCACCACAGGUCAUUACUCUCUGUUCCCGCUGCUCUUCAGCCCCGCAGAGCUGCCCAUCAAAGUGUUUCUGAUGCUGAUGUUCACCAUCUACUCUUUCACUGCUCUGAGGAAACUUCACAGCGCUCGUUUGCUCCGCCCCCUCGAGUCUGUCUACCUGAUGGGACUGGUUGCCGUGGCGAUCGCCUGCGAGGUGGUCUUCCCCUUGUCGCCGUGGCAACAGAAGCUGCCCUUCCUCCCCCUGCUGGCGACCUCGGUGUACUGCUCGGCCGGCGUCUGUCACUGCUUCCUGCGUCUCUACGUCAGCCUGCUGAGGCAGGAGGAGAAGCACAAGCGGCUGUGAGAAGGGCGCAGGUUAGAUUCCCCCAAAACAACAACACACACCUGCACACGUGCCCCUGAGCAAGGCACCCAGACACUGAUCAGUCAGGAGGAAGUGACUGUCGUGGGUCCAAUAACUGCUGAUCCGUGUUUCUGCCUCAGUUUUAGUUGUUUUUCUUCUUCUUCUUCUGGAUUAUCGAGCAAACACCGACCACAUGUCAACAACAACAACAACAACAUCAUCAUCCAGAGUAAACAUGUCAAACCGAUCGUGUUGAUUAGAUGAUCCAAACUGAACCCUGCUGUGUGUUGACUGCAUCACGAUAAACACACCGGAGUUUAGUGAAGCUGGGAUCUAUAAAUCUAUGAGGUUAAUCUGGAGAACGAAUGAUGAAGGUUAAUAAAAUAAAUAGAAUAAAGGAUGAACUCACCAGCAGUCAGAGCUGACGGGAGAUAUUCAGCUGUGUGUCACAUGUGCACCUUCUUAAAAUAACAUUUUGGCUUUUCUGUAUAUUUCCUGCGGACGUUAGCUUCCAUACAGGAAGUAACUGCACGAUCAGAGUCACAAUAACAUCAUACUUUAUAUACUUAGAGCUCAAGUGUUGACUCUACGAGUUAUACUAGUGAGCAGUAAUCA